GCCUGUCUGCCCCAUACCUGGUUGACAUGAAUAGACCAGAACACUGUAUCCUUCGUGAGUUGGGGCACAAUACAUACUCUAAAGAACCUAUUUCUCACCAUGUUGGCUCUGUGUGCAGUUGUCAUGUAUCCCAUAUUUAAAGGAUUUGGCUUGAAAAUCAUCCCCCACCCCCUGCUUUCAUUUGAAUGGCUAGAAACAACAGGUUGUCUGUCAUUCAUAGCCACGGACUCCUCCUCUGUCCGGGGCACGGCGGUACGUGUCGGUGCGUCACUGUGCUUCUUCCUCCGCCACAGACUGACACACAUCCACAGAUAUGGCUCUGUGAGAAGGCACAUGGUGGCGGCUAACCAUGAACCAAAAAAUAAAUCACCAAAAACAGUUCAUGCAUCAGUAGCAACCCGAUUUCGUUUAUUUUUUGGGGGGGAUUCAACCAUUGCAACAACUGCACUAGACAUACAAUUGGUUUGCACUGUUACGGGGAGAGAAGCUAGCAAGCAACUUGGAACCCCUCCUCGCUUUUCUCCAGUUUUACUGAGCUAUUUGACUCGGUUUUUAAACAGUUUUUUUGGUUGCAAUCGCUGUUUUUAUUUAAUUUUUAAAGACAGUCAUCAUGGGUGUGCAAGGUUUCCAAGAAUACAUAGAAAAGCACUGCCCUACUGCCGUGGUACCCGUGGAGCUCCAGAAGCUAGCCCGGGGCAGUCUGGUCGGGGGAGGCAGGCAGAGACCACCACAGAGCCCGCUACGGCUGCUGGUUGACGCGGAGAACUGCCUCCACCGACUCUACGGGGGUUUCUACACCGACUGGGUAAGCGGCGGGCAGUGGAACCACAUGCUUGGCUACCUGGCUGCCCUCGCCAAGGCCUGUUUCAACGGUAACAUUGAGCUACUGGUUUGUUUCAAUGGCGCCAUGGAGAAAGGCCGUCUUCACGAAUGGGUCAAACGACAGGUGAACGAGAGACAGACAGCGCAGCAGAUUGUCAGCCAUAUCCAGAAUAAGGGGACUCCUCCGCCGAAGGUCUGGUUCCUUCCCCCAGUGUGCAUGGUCCAUUGCAUCCGGCUGGCCCUACUCAGGUUCCACAUUGGGGUUGUCCAGAGUAUCGAGGAUCAUCACUUGGAGGUGAUAUCUCUGUGCAGGGAGAACGGCUUCCACGGCCUGGUGGCGUACGACUCGGACUAUGCGCUGUGUAACAUCCCCUACUACUUCUCUGCCCACGCCCUGAAGCUGAGUCGCAACGGGAAGAGCCUGACCACCUCCCAGUACCUGAUGCAUGAAGUGGCCAAACAACUGGACCUGAACCCCAACCGCUUCGUUAUCUUCGCUUCACUUUUAGGUAACCACAUACUGCCCGAUGAAGACUUGGCUGCCUUUCACUGGAGUCUCCUGGGCCCAGAGCAUCCGCUAGCAUCGCUCAAGGUGCGCGCCCACCAGCUAGUGCUCCCACCGUGUGACGUGGUGAUCAAGGCAGUGGCUGACUACGUUCGAAACAUGACGGACUUCAGCGACCUGGAGGCCAUCGCUAACGACAUCUUCAGACACUCACAGUCCAGGACUGAUGACAAAGUUGUCCGCUUUAAGAAAGCAGUGGAGUACUACUCAGCAGCCAGCAAGUCUCAACACUUCUCACCUUACCAAGUUGGACCAAACCAGACAGGAGGACCUGUAGUUUCUCCAGUAGCAGCAGUACUGUCACACUACGCAGCUCUAGCUCCGCUGCCUCAGACGCUCAACAUUCCUCCCCUGUCGGGGAAACCUGGGGUCCAGCCUGCCUACACAGCCCCCCCGGUCGUAGAGCCUGGCCCGGGGACUGGGGUUAAUGCUGGUCCUGGUGGUGACCCUGGUCUCAGUCCUGGUACUUGUGGUUCUGGUCUGGCUGUGGAGUCAGCGGUGGGGAAGACCCUGGCAGAGCAGGUCCCAAGCAGCUUCAGCAACAUUCCUCCUAAAGAGAAGCACACGCCGCUUUACGAGAGGUCUUCUCCCAUCAACCCCUCUAUUCCCCCGGGGGGCUCUGCCGCCACCAGCCCCUCCUCCUCCUCCUCCUCCACCUCCUCAGAGAACGAGGACAACGCAGGCUUCACUGCCAAUCAUGUAAGUGACCAUAAAGGAGGAUGGGACAGACCAUCAGAGAGCACAGCAGAGGGGGAACUGGGAGGAUGGGACAAACCAUCAGAGAGCACAGCAGAGGGGGAGCUGGGAGACCAAACCAAGGCUAACCCAACGGUGACCUCUCCUGUGGCUCAGGGGUUAGAGGUCAUCGGUCAUCUGAAUGCCCAGAUCCCGUCUUUGCUGUCAAUGCCGACCAGGAACCACAUGGACAUCACUACCCCUCCACUCCCCAUGGUGGCUCCAGAGGUCCUCAGAGUGGCCCAACACAGACACAAGAAGGGCCUGAUGUACCCCUACAUCUACCACAUCCUUACCAAGGGGGAGAUAAAGCUGUCCGUCACCAUAGAGGAUGAGGCCAACCAGGAGCUCCCGUCAGCAGUGCAGCUGUUCAGACCCAUCCGACAGCAUGUUUACGGGGUUCUCUUCAGCCUGGCUGAAGCUAAGAAGAAGGCUGAGAGACUAGCCAUGAGGCGCAACCGUCUGCCUGAAUACUCCCCUGUGGCAGUGAAGGAGUGGGCAGCCUACAAGGGGAAGUCCCCCCACACCCCAGAGCUUGUGGAGGCUCUGCCCUUCAGAGAGUGGACCUGUCCAAACCUGAAGAAGCUGUGGCUGGGCAAGGCUGUGGAGGAUAAGAACGGCAGGAUGAGGGCCUUCCUGGCCUGUAUGAGGUCAGAUGCCCCAGCCAUGCUCAACCCAGCCUGCGUCCCCACACAUCUCCUGGUUCUCUGCUGCGUGUUGAGGUUUAUGUUACAAUGGCCAGGAGUACGAGUUUUGCGUGGUAAGGAACUGGACGCGUUCCUAGCCCAAGCACUUUCUCCUAAACUGUAUGAGCCUGAACAGCUGCAGGAACUCAAGAUUGAUAAUCUGGACCCCCGCGGCGUGCAGCUGGCUGCUCUGUUCAUGAGCGGCGUGGACAUGGCCUUAUUGGCCAACGACGUGUGUGGCCAGCCAAUCCCCUGGGAGCACUGCUGCCCAUGGAUGUACUUUGACGGCAAGCUGCUGCAGAGCAAACUGAUCCGGGCCAUUCGGGACAAGGCCCCGCUCAUCGACCUCUGUGACGGUCAGGUGGAUCAGGUGAACAAGGUGAAGAAAAUGCGUCAGAGCAUCCUGGAGGGGCUUAACUUCUCGCCACCUCCCCCCCCCCACCCCCACGCCAUGCCUUUCUACCCCCCAGGGGGGGCCUUCUACCCCCCACCCCACAUGAUGCCACUGCAGGGCAGGAGCAGGAGCAUGGGCAUGCCUCUUGGUCCGUGGUCUGCAGGUCUGCCAAGCAUGUCCAGCCAGGGCGGGAAGCUGGAGAUAGCAGGCACGGUGGUGGGCCAGUGGGCUGGCAUCAGACGGGGCCGAGGCAGAGGAGGCUUCCCCAUCCAGGUGGUCUCUGUCGGGGGACCAAACAGAGGACGUCUGCGGGGGGUGAUCUCCACUCCUGUCAUCAGGACCUUCGGUCGAGGAGCCAAAUUCCCCCUCAGAGGCUUCAAGAGCCAGGGAACAUACCAGGUGGGACAUGGGACAUACCAGAGUAAGCCUACCUACUCCAUAGCCAGUGAGGUGAAGGAGAGGAAGAAGUUGAAGACGGAAGAGAAGGAGAAAUCUCCCGUUAUGCUGUCUUCCGACGGGUCCACUACCGAGAACGGACUGGAGGAGAGAGAGGAGGGGGGACUGGAGGAGCAGGAAGAGGGACUGGAGGAGGGGGGAGUGGAGGAGGGAGUGGAGGAGAGUGGGGUAGAGCAGUUGAAAGGUCAGGUCAUGGAGGUGAGAGAAAGCAGGGCUGUGAAUAUUCAACCAGAAAGUGCCUUCAGCAGCAACCCCAAGAUGUGCAAUACUAACCCCCGCCUAAAUGCACUAAAUGCAGACGGCGCCUGUCUCAGAGACGCAGCCGAACCUCUGAGCGCAGCCGCCUCUGUCUUACAAACAGAAGAGUAAAAAAAAAAAAAGUUUUUUUUGUAGAGAGGGUGAAGAACGAGUGAGAGGAUGUAAGGAAAUCUACAGUCACUGUUCCAUAUUGUACGCAUUCCAAAAAGCUCCCUAUAUAGUGCAGUAGUUUUGACCAGAGCCCUCAGGGUUAUACUUCCCAUAGGCCUCUGGUCUAAAGUAGUGCACAACAUCGGCAAUAUGGUGCCAUUUGGAAUACAUCUAUGAGAACAUUAAAUUCAGACCCCCUUUUUCGAUGAUGUCAACCAGAUAAACCCCCCCCAUAAUGAUGAGGAUUUCGUCUUUUUUAACAAGAGAUCUGCGCAGACCAGUACUAAACAGAAUGCAUACUACCAGUCACUAAAUACUGGGCCAGUCACUCCACUCUCUCUCCACUGAUAUCGACAUGAUUACUAUCGUGAUAUGACCAUGGUUUGUGUCCCAAAUGUAUUCCCUAUAUAUAUAUAUAUAUAUAUAAAUAGUGCACUACUUUUGACCAGGCACCCAUAGGGUUGAUAACUGGGCUCUGGUGAAAAGUAGUGCACUAUGUAGGGAAUAGGAUGCGGUUUGAGAAGCAGGCCAUGUCUGACUGGGUACUUCAAUCCCUUUGAGAUAAUAGUGAAGCCGAAACUACAAUGCUUUUGUCUAUUUUAGUUCCUUUAUAGGUUAAGAUGCACCAGCAGUAUGUACUUGGCGCCAUAUAUUUACCAUUGUAACUUUGUUGUCACAGUAAAUAACGUUUUGAGAGUUUUAACAACAGAGAAGCAGAUGGAGUCACAGAAUGCUUCCCCAAUGGCACCCUAGUCUGUAUAUAGUGCACUAUUGACGUGGAUAGAUGAACAUUUCAUUUAAAAUCAUCAUCAAAUCAUUCAUUUAAAAACAACCACACGUGGAUAACGUAUUUCCAUUUUGGUCCCCUUUAAAUAAAUACAACAAGUCAUUGAAAAAUAAAACUACGUUACAAUAGUUGCUACUAGCUAGAUCAGUCUGAUUAGAUCAGCUAAAUUAGUGUGUUCUAUGUAUUAGAUCUUUUAUUAUGUAACUUAGAUCAAGUCUGAGUUCUUCUUGAAGCUUCCAGCAUGUGGUCAUGAGGAUCUGGAAGUUCAUAGCUGUAUAGUAGAUGGUCAGAGGAGGUGUUGGUGGCUGGUCAGAGGAGGUGUUGGUGACUCUGGUCAGAGGAGGUGGUGGUGGCUGGUCAGAGGAGGUGUUGGUGGCUGGUCAGAGGAGGUGGUGGUGGCUGGUCAGAGGAGGUGUUGGUGGCUGGUCAGAGGAGGUGUUGGUGACUGGUCAGAGGAGGUGUUGGUGACUCUGGUCAGAGGAGGUGGUGGUGGCUGGUCAGAGGAGGUGUUGGUGGCUGGUCAGAGGAGGUGGUGGUGACUGGUCAGAGGUGGUGGUGACUGGUCAGAGGAGGUGGUGGUGACUGGUCAGAGGUGGUGGUGACUGGUCAGAGGAGGUGGUGGUGACUCUGGUCAGAGGAGGUGGUGGUGACUGGUCAGAGGAGGUGUUGGUGACUCUGGUCAGAGGAGGUGUUGGUGACUCUGGUCAGAGGAGGUGGUGGUGGCUGGUCAGAGGAGGUGUUGGUGGCUGGUCAGAGGAGGUGGUGGUGACUGGUCAGAGGUGGU